AUGACUAUGGCAACAAAUAUUGAUGAUGACGCGGCAGAUCCGAAUUCGAACUUCGACAAGAGAGAAGUAGGAGAGAGACAGAAGCGCAAUUACUUCAAGAGAGGGGAUACGACUAUCAAUUUUGACGAGCGACAACAACAGGCUGAGGAAUUUGAAUUCGACGAAAGACAAGGACGCUCGAGAAAUAGGGUUCGUGGUCGUGUGGUAGAAGGUCUGGGUGAGACCAGUGAAGGGGUUCUUAGAGGAGGAGAUCUUGAUUUUGAGGGAUACUUUGAAAGUAAAGCAAAUAUGGCUUCAUGGAGUGGGCAACCGGCUAUAAAGGGGAGUACGGAGCAGAUGCGAAUGGCACUGUUGACUUUUUCUUUGGUUGGAUUGCAGUUUACUUGGGGUAUUGAAAUGACCUAUUGUACACCAUAUUUACUUUCACUCGGUCUCACGAAAUCGAAAACUUCUUUGGUAUGGAUUGCGGGACCUUUAUCUGGGUUGAUUAUGGCACCGCUUGUAGGGGCAAUGGCAGAUCGUUCGCGUUCAAAAUGGGGUAGAAGAAGGCCAUACAUGGUGGGGGCUUCUAUACUUGUCGCAUUAUGCUUGUUAGUACUGGGAUGGACAAAGGAAAUCGUAUCUCAUUUUGUGGAAGAAGGGGAUUUCAAUAAGAGUUGUACAAUAUUUUUGGCAGUGUUGGCAAUUUAUGCGGUGGAUUUCGCUAUCAAUGCUGUUCAAUGGAGUUGUCGAAGUCUGAUCGUGGAUACUCUUCCUAUACAAAAGCAACAAGCAGGGUCGGCAUGGGCUAGCAGAAUGGCCGCUAUGGGGCACUUGGUCGGUUACGCUAUUGGUACUGUUGAUCUUGUCGCUUGGUUUGGUCCCUCAAUGGGUGACACACAGUUCAAGAAGCUUAUUCUAAUUGCGGCGUUUGCGCUCAUAUUUUGUGUGUGUGUCACUUCGUGGGCCGUAACGGAACGUGUUUUGAUAUCUAGCAAAGACUCUGACUCCCAAUCUGGGUUACUCAAAAUUACACGACAAAUAUAUAGAACAACAAUGACAGUUCCUCCAAAGAUUCAAGCCAUUCUGUGGUGCCAAUUUUGGAGCUGGAUUGGAUGGUUCCCAUUCCUAUUCUAUGGUACUACAUUCGUUGGAGAAACCUACUUCAGGUAUGAUGCUCCGCACGAGAUCAAAGAAUCUAAAGAUGCACUUGGAGAUAUUGGAAGGAUCGGAAGCAUGUCCCUCGUUGUGUUCUCAUUCGUGUCAUCUUUUGGAUCUUUCCUUUUACCUCUAUUGAUCAAGUCACCUGAUGAGGACAAAUUCACUCAGCGACCACCAGCAAGUAUUGCUCGAUUUGUUCAAGCGUACAACAAAUACAAGCCAGAUCUUCUUGGGGCUUGGUUUGUUGGACAUUUGAUGUUUUCAUCAGCUAUGUUUUUAGCACCAUUUGCAUCUUCAUUUCGAUUUGCAACUUCGUUAAUUGCAUUCUGUGGAUUGCCAUGGUCUGUCGCAUCUUGGGCACCAUAUGCAUUCCUUGGUGUCGAGGUAAACAAGAUGAGCGGACUCCCAUCUUAUAGCCGCCUUUCCACCGUCGACCGUGAUAUUGAGCUGGAGUCACCCACUGGUCCUCCAUCACCCUCCCUCCUUCGCCUAGAACAUGGCCCAGUUGGAGAAAAGGAAGACGUUGCGUCUACCGGUGAACUUUCUGGAAUCUACUUCGGAAUUCUUAACAUCUACACCACCAUUCCACAAUUUAUUGGAACUUUCAUCAGUAUGAUCGUUUUCAGUAUAUUGGAGCCAGGUAAAAGUCCAGAGUUGGCUCAAAAUGCAAAGGAAGGGGAACAUCAUGGGACAGAUGGUCCAAAUGCUAUUAGUAUUUGUUUGUUCAUUGGCGCAAUUAGUACUAUUGGGGCUGCCUAUGCAACUAAAAAGUUGAGAGAUUUGCAGUAG